UGCAUGCGGUGAUCGCCCCAUUUCCCAUGGCGACUCCGACACAAGCUUGUGCCUCUUCCCGCCUCCUUCAGUCUGGACCUCAUCACCAGUCCAUCCUCCUCACGACCGCUCUCUCGUUCGUGCCAAAGUAUGGGUUGCAGGUGCGCCGUCAUGGAACAAGAAAGCCUCCUCGCGUCAGCUUCGUCUGCUCGGCCGAGCAGGCCUUCAGGCGUCCUUCCACUCAACCAGCAUGUGUGGAGGCGAUAUUAGCAGGAGAAAAUAUAGGCCUGCGCAAUGUGGAACGGGAUGCUAGAAUACGGAAGCAUCUGAAAAAACCUGAACUGUCACCAUCUGCGUAUGACACGGCAUGGGUGGCUAUGGUGCCAUUGCCGGACUCCGCUCCGCAGGCUCCAUGCUUUCCUCAGUGCGUUGAAUGGAUAUUGCAAAAUCAACACUGUAGUGGUUAUUGGGGUAUCAACAAAUUUGGCUUAUUACCCAACAAAGAUAUUCUCUUGUCAACAUUGGCAUGUAUCAUUGCACUUAAGAAAUGGAACGUUGGCUCCGACCACAUAAGUAGAGGAAUAGAAUUUAUUGGGAAGAAUAUCUCCACUGUAAUGGAUGAACAGAUUGUUUCCCCUAUAGGCUUCAGUCUAAUUUUCCCUGGUAUGCUUAACCAUGCUAUCGGGAUGGGUCUGGAAUUUCCAGUCAAAGAAAAUGUUAUCAGUGGGAUACUUCACCUCCGUGAGAUGGAGCUGACAAGACUGGCUGGGGAGAAAUCUUGUGGGAAAGAAGCAUAUUUGGCCUAUGUUGCACAAGAAGGGUUAGUAAGCCAGCUGGACUGCAAUGAAGUUAUGAACUUCCAGAGAAAGAAUGGGUCCUUGUUCAACUCUCCUGCCGCAACUGCUGCUGCAUUAGUCCACCGCUACGAUGAUAAAGCUCUCCAAUACCUCGAUUCCAUUGUCAAUAUUUAUGGCAGUGCAGUACCAACAGUGUACCCACAGAAUAUAUAUUAUCAGCUCUCAAUGGUGGAUGCGCUCAAAAAGAUUGGAAUAUCUCGGCAUUUUUCCAGUGAAAUAAACAGCAUCCUGGAUAAGGCAUACAUUUCCUGGUUACAGAGAGAUGACGAAAUAAUGCUAGAUGUAGAAACAUGUGCAAUGGCGUUUCGCCUUUUACGGAUGAAUGGAUAUGAUGUUUCGUCAGACGAGUUGUCCCAUGUUGCUGAAGCCUCCACUUUCCAUAGCUCACUUGAAGGAUAUUUAAAUGAUACAAAAUCUUUAUUAGAGUUAUAUAAGGCUUCAAAAGUAUGCUUGUCAGAACAUGAAUUGAUCCUGGAGAACAUAAGUAACUGGUCAGGCCGUUUAUUGACAGAGAAGUUGUGCUGUGAUGGGACAGAUAGAAUGCGAAUUUUCGGAGAGGUGGAAUAUACUCUUAAGUUUCCAUUUUAUGCAACAGUGGAACCGCUAGACCAUAAGACUAACAUUGAACAUUUUGAUUCUAGGGUUUUUACGCAGUUAAAGACAAAAAAUGUGCCGUCUCAUGUCAAUGAAGAUCUUCUAGACUUUGCGGUUGAAGAUUUCAGUUUCUCUCAAUCUAUAUAUCAGGAUGAACUUGGCCACAUCGAGAGUUGGGAGAAAGAAAACAGGCUGGACCAGCUAAAAUUUCUACGCAAGGGGACUCUGAUAAAUUGUUAUCUCUCUGCUGCUGCCACCAUAUCCACUCACGAACUCUCUGAUGCACGCAUUACAUGUGCAAAAACUAUUGCACUCGUAGUUGUUGCUGAUGACUUCUUUGAUGUUGGAGCAUCAAAAGAAGAACAAGAAAACCUCAUAGCAUUAAUAGAGAAGUGGGAUCAACAUCACCAAGUUGAGUUCUACUCUGAGCAAGUAGAAGUAGUAUUUUCUGCUUUCUAUACUACAGUUAACCAGAUUGGAGAAAUGGCUUCUGCUGUGCAAAAGUGUGAUAUAACAAAGCACCUGGUUGAAACAUGGCUACAUUACUUGAGAUCUGUGGCAACCGAGGCAGAAUGGCAACGGAAUCAAUAUGUGCCAACAGUUGAGGAAUACAUGACAGAAGGGGCUACUUCAUAUGCAAUGGGCCCCAUUAUGCUCACCUCGCUGUAUUUUGUCCAACAAAACCUCAAAGAGUACAUUAUCAAAAGCCCAGAAUACAAUGAGUUGGUUAGACUAAAGGGCACCUGUGGCCGUCUCCUGAAUGAUACCCGAAGCUUCGAGAGGGAGUCCAGUGAUGGAAAACUGAACAUCAUCUCACUGCUUGUUCUUCACAGUGGAGGUUCCAUGUCCAUUGAAGCUGCUCAAGAGGUGAUACAAGAGUCAAUAGCCACGUGUCGGAAAGACCUACUAAGGGUGGUCGUUAGAGAAGACCGUGUUGUCCCGAGGCCAUGCAAGGAGAUGUUCUGGAGGUUUUGUAGGACAAGUCACUUGUUCUACUCUCAGACCGAUGGAUUUUCCUCGCCCAAGGAAAUGCUCCACACGAUGAACGCAAUUUUCAGAGAACCACUCAAACUCCAAACUUCCGGUUCUUCAUUCGUUGUUCAACCAGACAAAUAAUCUAGAAUUCCUUAUGCCAUUCCUCUAACCAUAUAUGGAUCACAAGGUAAUAUCCCGAGCUGCAGUAAUUGUGUGGACCUUCCAAACGAAAUGCAGCCUGAUUCUCUCACCUGUAAUGCAUGUCGCCA